GCGUUGCACGCGGACUGGGCGAGAGCACCGAACUCGUACAAUGACCCCGACGCGCGGGAGAAGGAGAUGAGGCUUCGGGACAAGAGGAACGGGAUGAUAAUGGAGCGCCUCGGGGCGGGCGCUCCCGUCUUCUACUCGAGCUCGGGGAACAGCAUGUGGCCUCUGGUGCAGUCGGGCGACCACUGCCUCUUCCACCCGAUCCAGGCGAUAACAGCGAUGGACGGGUCCCCCCACAUCAUCGAGAAGGACGAGUCCCCCAUUGCCGUCGGGGACGUCGUGUUCUGCCGCGUCCAGCCGACUCACCAGUACUACGCCCACUUUGUGCGCCACGCAGAGUGGGACAGCUGCCGCCAGGAGAACAAGUACAUACAAGUACUGCCUCUGUACAAGAAGGUCGCGCCCCUGGUUGCGCAGGACGAGUGGAGCAACGCGGCCGAGAGGAUGUGCGAGGCGGAGUCAGACGCAGACAUGGAGCCGCCCGUGCCCGUCCACGAGGAUGAUACUGAGACUGCUGCCGCAUUGGCGGAGUUUCGCAGUGUCACAGGGCCACCGGGCCGCUUCCGCAAAGCUUGGACCGCUGUAAUUUCGGGCGAGCCCCGCGGACAGCUUGACCAGGCAUUGGCUGCAACAGCGACCCCACUCUUUAAGUGUUCAGCCGCCAAGGCCAGCAGGCUGGUGCA